CCGUGCGCGUCUCCCCUGAGGCGGGCGGGCGGCCGGGCCGGGCGGAGGCCGCGGCCGAGCCGGGGGCUCGCGUAGAUGUGCAGCCCGGGCGAGGCUCCCCCUGGGCCGGCCCCGGCCGGGGACCUGCCCCCGGAGUGGGAGACGGAUGACGAGCGCAUGGCCUUCCUGUUCUCGGCCUUCAAGCAGAGCCGCGAGGUGAACAGCACCGAGUGGGACAGCAAGAUGGCCUUCUGGGUCGGGCUGGUUCUGGCCCGCGGCCGGCGGAGGGGCGCGGUGAGGACGUGCCUGAGGGAGCUGCAGAACGGCUUCGAGCGGCGGGGCAGCGUCCCCUUGGGGCUCGGCACCGUCCUCAGGGAGCUGCUGAGACGUGGGAAGCUCCAGAGGGAGUCAGACUUCAUGGCCAGUGUAGACAGCAGCUGGAUCUCAUGGGGUGUGGGAGUUUUCAUCCUGAAGCCCCUCAAGUGGACCCUCUCCAGCGUCCUGGGGGACAGCAAAAUUCCUGAGGAGGAGGAGGUUCUGAUUUACGUGGAGCUGCUGCAGGAGAAGGCAGAGGAAGUUUAUCGCCUCUACCAGAGCUCUGCCCUCUCUUCCCACCCCGUGGUCGCCCUCUCUGAGCUCCGCUCCCUCUGCGCCGGCCUCUGCCCAGAUGAAAGGACCUUCUACUUGUUGCUGCUCCAGCUGCAGAAGGAGAAGAGGGUCACCAUCCUGGAACAGAAUGGAGAGAAGAUUGUGAAGUUUGCCCGAGGCCUCCACGCCAAGGUGUCCCCAAUGAAUGAUGUGGACAUUGGAGUUUAUCAGCUGAUGCAGAGUGAGCAGCUGCUGUCACAGAAGGUGGAGUCCCUUUCCCAGGAAGCAGAGAAGUGUAAAGAGGACGCCAGGAGUGCUUGCAGAGCUGGGAAGAAGCAGCUGGCCCUGAGGUGCCUCAAGUCCAAGCGGAGGACGGAGCGGCGCAUCGAGGAGCUGCACUCCAAGCUGGACGCGGUGCAGGGAAUCCUGGAUCGCAUCUACGCCUCCCAGACCGACCAGAUGGUGUUCAAUGCCUACCAGGCUGGAGUGGGAGCUCUGAAGCUUUCCAUGAAGGAUGUGACUGUGGAGAGGGCAGAGAACAUUGUGGAUCAGAUCCAAGAGCUUUGUGACACUCAAGAUGAAGUGGCCCAGACUCUGGCUGGAGUGGGGAUCAAUGGUCUGGCAGAGGUGGACUCUGAGGAGCUGGAGAAGGAGCUGGACAGUCUCCUGCAGGACUCGAGUAAGGAUUCCCUGGAUCUGCCUCCCGUUCCCCAGAAGGUGCUGAGUGCCCCCAUCUCCGAUGCCGAGCUGGAAGCUGAGCUGGAGCAGCUCUCUGUGUCUGCUGGAGACCUGGCACAAAAGACUCCCUCUGCUUCUUCUGAACCCAAAACAGCUCUGGGACUAAAUCUCUGAAGAGCCAACAGCAUCCUGUUGCUGCAGUUUGGGAAGUGUCUCAAUGUUCCUUAACUGAUGACCAGAACUUCCAAGGAGAGGGGGACAUCCCCUGUCCUCCUGGAUCUGUCUUUGCUCAGCAGCAGGAGCUCCUGCCAUGACAAUCCACUCUGGACCUGGCCCCAGCUGGUGUUUGUCAUCUCUGUGCCAACAUCUGGUCUCGACCUGACUCGUGACCCCAAGUCACUGCCACAUCCAGUCUUCCCUCCUGGGAACACAACUCCAGCGAAGAUAAACUCUCCUGUGUCCAUACCAGUGCUCGGUUUUGGGUUUGAUUUUGAUUUCUCUUCCUUUGCUGUGGCUGAUGUUGAGAAUCUGAGUAGCAGCAGCGUUGCAGUGGCUCAACAUUUGGCUGUUUGUGUGGUUGUUUAGAACACUUGGCACAUCGGUCCUGCCCUUGCCGUACCUGCAGCAGCUUAAACACCUGGUGCUUGUUGUGUCCCUCCCUCUGGAUCCUGCACUGGCAGCCAGGCACUGGAACUGCUCAGUUUGAGGAGGUUUUGGUGCUGCUCAGAGAGGGCAGCAAUGGCGAGCACAAGACAAAAGAAUCCCUCUCUCUGUAAUGACAUUAAGGCCUUAAAAGGGAGACCUGCAAAAGAUUUCCCCCGAGGAGUUUCAGGCUCUUGUGGCCAAGGCCAGGCGUUGCCAUCCAGCCUCUUUCUGCUGGCACUUGAAAUUGGAGCUGGUGGCUAUUUUUGUAUCAUCCCUGUAAGCAAAACUCCUUGGGAGCUGCAGGGUGAUGGCUCUGAGCUGCCACGGAGGGAUUUGGGGUGGGAAAUAAAGGGAUCCCUUGGGAGAGCACAGCUCCACAGAACAGCCUUGGCUUUGCCUUCAGCUCUGGCACUGAGCUCCCACAGGAUGUGUGUUCCCAGAAAGCCCCAAACCAGCCCUGUGGAUGUUCCUGAUGCACAAAACCCUGAGCACCACAGCUGCAGCUGCUCCAGGGCUGCCUCUGUCCCCACGAGCCAAACCCUCCUCUUUUGCAGGUCACUUUUUACCCCUCGCGUGCACACGGAAGCUUGGGAAGCCCAAAUCCCUGAAAAACGGAGCUUCAGGAGGGGAAUGUGCCCUUCCCUGGGAUUCCUGAGCAUGGCAGGGGAGUGCCUGGCUGCCUGUGGAUGGAUCACCAGCCCUGUGCCCCUCUCCUGACUGGGAAUGUGUUCCAGUACCACUGGGAAUGUAUUCCUAGAGCACUGGAAAUGUGUUCCCACAGCACUGGGAAUGUGUUCCAGUACCGCUGGGAAUUUAUUCCAGCACCACUGGGAAUGUGUUCCAGCAUCACUGGGAAUGUGUUCCAGCAUCACUGGGAAUGUAUUCUUAAAGCACUGGGAAUGUGUCCCAGUACCACUGGGAAUGUAUCCCAGUACCACUGGGAAUUUAUUCCUAGAGUACUGGAAAUGUGUUCCCACAGCACUGGGAAUGUAUUCCUAGAGCACUGGGAAUAUAUUCCAGUACCACUGGGAAUGUGUUCCCACAGCACUGGGAAUGUGUUCCAGCACCACUGGGAAUGUAUUCCUAGAGCACUGGAAAUGUGUUCCCACAGCACUGGGAAUUUAUUCCAGUACCACUGGGAAUGUAUUCUACCACCACUGGGAAUGUGUUCCAGCACCACUGGGAAUUUAUCCCAGUACCACUGGGAAUUUAUUCCAGCACCACUGGGAAUUUAUUCCAGCACCACUGGGAAUUUAUCCCAGUACCACUGGGAAUGUAUUCCCACAGCACUGGGAAUGUAUCCCAGCACUUCCACGCUGCCUCUCCAAGCCCCAUUGCUCAGUGGCAGCUUGGGAUAAUGGGAAUGAGGGCUGGAGUUUCCCCUCUUGGUGAUCAUUUCUCAGCCACUCAGUCCCAGCCCAGGGCCAGGGGUGGCACUGGGGGUGUCCCCAGGGCCAGGGGUGGCACUGGGGGUGUCCCCAGGGGCUGUGUCCCCUCUGUCACCACUCAGCAGUGCAGGCUCCUGCCAGGGGAGGGGGAGGCUGCAGCUCACACUUCCCCUGUGGAAUGAUGUACAAUGACUUGAAGCUCUGUAUUCCUUUCCUCUGGAAGUAAAUGGGAGAAAAACCUC